GAAGCAAACACAUUCACCUCCCAUUGGCCACUAAGUUCACUUGGAGACCAAUCAUGGAUGUCUGGCUCAUCAUCCUCGCAUCUCUCUUUGCAUGUUUUUCCAUUAAAAUCCUCUUCACUCUUCUCUUUUCCUCCAAAACCACCAAAAAGAAUGAACCAGCUGUUAAAGGGGAGCUCCCACCAGGACCCCCACCUCUUCCCAUCAUCGGACACCUUCAUUUACUUCCCAAAUCAAACAUUGAACUCAGAUCCCUCAUCUUCAACCUCUCCCAAAAGUAUGGCCCUAUUUUGACACUCCGCGUUGGAUCUAAGCCCGUAAUUUUCGUUACCUCUUACCCCAUCGCCCAUCAAGCGCUUGUUAAAAACAGCGCCAUCUUUGCAAACCGUCCCCCAAUCGUCCCUGUCAGCUAUGUUCUCAGUAACAAGCGCAAAGAUAUUGGCGGAUCCCCCUAUGGCCUAACUUGGCGUCUCCUUCGUCGUAACCUCAUGUCUGAAGCUCUCCACCCUACUGGGGUCAAAUCUUACUCUUUCGCCCGUAAGCGAACCUUGGAAACAAUGGUUAAUAGCUUCAAGCAAUGUUCCCAGCACGAGGCCGUCCGUCUCUUUGAGCGUCUCCACCAGGCCGUGUUUUCCUUGUUCAUUCUUAUGACCUAUGGCGACAUCGGUGAGGAUGCACUCAAAGAAGUUGAACACAUUCAAUAUACUUUUCUUGUCAGUUACGCUGAGUUCAGUGUGUUCGCUUCUUGGCCGAGACUCGGGAAGCUUAUCUAUAGAAAUAAAUGGAAAAGAUACACAGAUUUCUUAAGGCGUCAAUACGACAUCCUUAUGCCUUAUAUUAGAGCCCGACAGAAGUUGAAGCAGGAGAAGGGCAAAGAAGUCGACUUGGUAACAUACACAGAUACCUUACUGGAUUUGGAAAUUUCCGAGGGGGCCAGUAACCAAGGUAAGCUUGUCGACGCCGAUGUGCUGAGCUUGAGCUCAGAGUUUAUCAACGCCGGCGCCGACACAACCGCAACGAUGUUCCACUGGAUCAUGGCAUAUUUAGUGAAAUACCCACGUGUUCAGGCCAAACUCUUUGCUGAAAUCAGCCAAGUUGUGGAACAAGGAGCGGAAGAGGUCAAGGAGGAGGACUUGCAGAGGAUCCCAUAUUUGAAAGCGGUGAUCCUAGAAUGUCUCAGAAUGCACCCUCCAAAUGCUUCGUUAGUACCACACACAAACACAGAAGAUAUGGAAUUAUGUGGCUACAACAUCCCCAAAAAUACCACGGUGCUUAUCGGGACAUCAAUAAUAGGGCGCGACCCAACUGUGUGGGAGAAUCCUACGGAGUUUAGGCCAGAAAGGAUGAUGGGGAGCAGUGAUGAUAAUAGUGGAGAAGAUGUGGCUGAUGUGUCGUCGUAUAAGAUGCUGCCCUUUGGUGCCGGGAGGAGGAUGUGUCCCGGUUACAAAUAUGGGACGCUUAUUUUGGAGUACUUUAUUGCAAAUCUGGUUUGGAAUUUUGAGUGGAAGGCGGUGGAUGAUGUUGAUCUAACGGAGAAGGAGGAGUUCUUGAUAGUUAUGAAGAAUCCCGUCCGUGCCAAGGUUAUCCCAAGAAUCAAAUAGAGUGCAUGCACGUAGUCAUGCAUGUAUUCUGAGUGCAUAUGAAUAAGAACCUUAGUUACCGUAGUGCCCUCGGGGAUGACAUUCUACGUAGUACGUACAAUGUUUGUAAGUGGGCAAGUCCAGCGUUGGGCUUAAAUGGUAUUAAUGAUCUCUAAUAAUGUCUUUAGUUUAUUAAAAGCACUCUUUUUUGUGAUGACAAAGGAUAAUAAAACUAAUGCACUUUUUAUGGUUGUUUUACCAA